GGAUAGUUAUAGUUGUUGAUGCACGCAUUCAACGAGCUGUAGGCUGCAAGCGUUACGCAGCAUUUUGUUUGCACGUCAGCACUCGACUUUGUCGGAAGUGCUCUCGGCGCUCCAAUUGCACGCGCCCACGCUGCGAACUCAAACAAUCAUACAUAGGCCUCGACAUCUUCCCUACUCUGCAUAAAGCAGGACUAUCAUUGAGCGCGGGAAGGGUCGGUGCCGACAUGCAGACCACUCAACGCGUGCAGACGCCCCGGUCGAGACUGCCGGCCCUUGGCCGCUGCACGCCACGCCGUCUACAUUUUGCUCGUCCGCAACAUGUUGCAGCGCAGCAGCGACGUGCGGUGUUGGCGCACGGAGCAGCGACGGAUGACACGCUCACGGCGGACGUGGUCAUCGUUGGCGCAGGCAUUGUGGGGCUGUUCGCCGCCGCCGACCUGUUGAAGGCGGGUCUGUCCGUGGCGCUGCUGGAGCGGCAGGGGCUGUGCGCGGGAGCCACAGGCGCAGGCCAGGGCUACCUGUGGAUGGCGCACCGCAACCCGGGCUCCGUGGGCUGGGCGCUGGCGGCUCGCAGUGUGGCGCUGUGGCAGCGGCUGGUGGCGGCGGACCCGGCCUUCCGGGCAGCCGUCGAGUGGCAGGACUGCGGCUCGCUGCUAGUGGCCACCUCGCCCGCCGAGGCCGCCGCGCUGUCGGAGAGACAGAUGCACCUCAACGAGGUGGGUGUGCGCGCCAGCUACAUGGACGGGCGGCGGCUGGCAGACGCGGAGCCGGGGCUGGCGCUGCCGCACGGCGGCGCGGCGCUGCUGGUACAGGCAGACACGCAGAUUAACGGGCGCAAGGCGGCGCACGUCCUGUUGGAGCAGUGCCGCGCUGCGCCCGGCUUCACCGACGUCAUGGGCGAGGGCGGGGAGGUGCAGGGGCUGGAGCUGGCGGCGGGCCCGGGGGGUGGACACGUGGUGCAGACCAAGGGCGGCAGGGUGCGGGCGCGCCACGCGCUGGUGCUGGCGGCGGGCGUGUGGACGGGCGGGCUGCUGGCGGCCGCCACACACGACCCCGAGUGGAAGGCGCUGCUGCAGCCGCGGCGCGGCCACCUGCUGGAGCUGCCCCAGCCGGCGGGCAUGCCGCGGGUGGUACAUGGCAUGAUGGAAAUGAGCUACACCAAGCACUAUGCGCACGCCUCCGCCCCCACCGCCCCCGUGUCCGCCCCCGUGUCCGCCCCCGUGUCCGCCCCCAUGUCCGCCCCCGCCCCCGGGUCCGGGUCCGCCGAGGUGGACAUCACCUUCACCGCCACCACCAGCGCCAGCGGCUCGCUACUCAUCGGCAGCAGUCGUGAGUUCAGCGGCUGGGAGGCCACCCCCAGCCCAGCAGUGGUCUCAGCCAUCAUGCAGCGCGCCGCAUUGUUCCUGCCCGGGCUACAGCCCGCGGCGGCGCAGGCCGCGGCGGCGGCGGCGGCUGGCGCCGGCAGCAGCAGCAGCAGCAGCAGCAGCAGUAGCGGUGACAGCGGCGUGCCGGGCAUGUCGGUGCGGGUGGGGCUGCGCCCCUACGCGGUGGGAGGGCUGCCCAUGGUGGGACCUGUGGCGGGCGCACCAGGCUUGUUCGUGGCGGCAGGGCACGAGGGCUCCGGCCUGUGCAUGGGCCCAGCCACGGGGCAGCUGCUCUCACGACACGUGCGCAAACACAUGGGCGCCACCGCCACAGCCACCGCCCCCUCAUCCUCGCCCUCCACAAGCGCGGCCGUGGCGCCUGCGGCGCCUGCUACGGCCGCGGCUGCCGGCACGAAGGCGGACAGUCUGGACACGGCCAGCUUUCAAGACCUGCUGCCUGACGUGCGGCGGAAGGCUGCGCUGGCGAAAGCGGGCACGAAGUGAGGCGGGCGAGACGGCGAGGGAGCAUUGGCUCGGAGCGCAAGUUGCGUUGUUGUGAUUGUUGUUGUUUGUUGUCGUUGUUCGUUCAGGCAGGACACGCAUGUAUGGAUUCCUGGGGUUGCCCAAGCCCUCGCGCGUACGCUGUGCAGUGGGAGCGUGUCAGUGUAGAACUUGACGAGGUGGCGGCGCGAGCCAAGACGCACCGAUGUUUGCGAUUGUACGGUCGCAGUCCCGAUUAGUGUGCAGUGUAUUCACAGACCCCAACAUUUUACAGUUGACCACUGGACGGCAUACGAGCGCGCGGCUGGUCGAACGCCGGAGUCAGUGUAUGUGGAUCUGUGAGUCAGUAUGGGGCCACAGGCUACUGCGGUCAAUGUGUAUGUCCGUUGAUGUGAGGAGCUAGAUAGUUCGAUUUUGUCUCCGCGCUAGCCCUCUUACACGUCCUGAGUGGUCGUCUGUUCUAGGCGCAAGCGCAACACAUUCCUUUGGCGUGUGUGGACGCGGUGUUGGCGACAGCCACGGACGGCCCUAGUACACCGUGGGCAUGCCGCAUCCGGGGAGGGCACUGUAAUCGCA